AUGCCGCCCCGGCUCAAUCUCUUCGCCGCCAGGACGUCAGUCCCUGUUUUCCGCCAAUCCACCACACCGCAGCGCCCCAUCGCAUCCGCUCUUAUUCGAGCCAACGCCGCACCAUGCACACGAUCUAGCACCCCGCGACGAUGGAACUCGUCCGGAUCCGACGAUAAGAAGAAACUAGAAGAGGCAGAGCACGCGGCUGAUCCGUUGCCACAUGUUAGCCAGGAGGCUGCGGAGAUCAAUGAUAUUAUGGAUAAGGAGAAGAGAUGUGAUGGGACGCCGUCGAGCCCGGAGCUGGAGCAGGGGACAAUGGUUUCAGAGAUCCUCUCCCGCGAUAAGGAAGCUCAGAAGCACGCACCCAAGGUAUUCCAGGACCAGAUUAACAAGGGCCCUUCUGGGUCUCGCUCAUUUUCGACGUCUGCUCGUCGUCUGCAGGUUGAGAAGCAAACUGGUGCUGGGUCCGAGGGGCCCAUUUCUGACGCUGAGCAGGCCGCUCUACUCCAGUCUAUGAUUUCAGAGGCCACCCAGGAACCAGAGGAAUUGGCUCCCGGAUUGAAAUACAAGGCGCCCAAGUCGCUUCCGCGGUCGGAGCACUUCCGGUACCGGUAUGAGCCGGUCGUCGAGCAGUUUACCAAGAACCUUAUGCAGGAUGGGAAGUUGGCGACUGCGCAGAAGAACAUGUCCAUAAUCCUCGACCACCUCCGCUCCUCACCAGCCCCUCAAGUCAACCCUAACCGACCGCUCCUCCCCGGUCCCCCCACCCCCCAGCUCCCGCUCAACCCAAUCCUCUACCUAACUCUCAUCGUCGACUCCGUCGCCCCGCUCAUCAAACUGCACCACGCAAAGGGUAUUGCUGGUGGUGGCCAAACGCUUCAAGUCCCCGUCGCGCUCGCGGAGCGCCAGCGUCGCAGGGCCGCCAUUGGGUGGAUUAUCGAUGGGUCAAAGAAGCGGCGGGACGCGAAAUUCGCGCACCGCGUUGCGAACGAGCUUGUUGCUGUUGCGGAGGGAAGGAGCGGUGUCUGGGAGAAGAGGGAUGGUGUGCAUAAGCUUGGUAUCGCGGGUCGUGUGAAUAUUGGAGCGAAGGCUAACAAGAGGGGGAAGGGGUUCUAG